AUGCAGCGGAUCCUUCAGGCAUACGUUUAUCUGCAUCGCUAUCCCGGCUACUUUCAGGGCAUGUCGGAUAUCUUGGAGCCGAUGCUCCCGUUGUUUCACGGCAAUGAAGCUCUUGCUUUCCAUUGUUUUGUCGGGUACAUGGAGUUUGCCCGUACUCGAUUUGACACCGCCGAGGCCGACGCUACUCAGCAGGCCAUGCAGCUCGUGCGCGACCACCUCGCGUGGCAGGAUGCCGAGCUCAUGCGUGGCCUUGAGCAGCGCGAGGCAGACAGCCUCUUCUUUACAUAUCGAUGGUUUGUGGUUGACUUUAAACGCGAAUGCCCAGACGUGGAGGUAAGUUGUGUGUUCGUUGCCAAGAAGCAGCAGAGCGAGUGUGUAUGUUGA